GCUGAACACCACAGUUUGUGUCUGUUACCCCAACUGUAACAUAUGAUGAAGUCAUGUAUCUUAGUUAUUAUAACCAUCACUGCAGGAUUGACUGCUGGUGAUGACAUCAGUCCUAAUCAACUUGAGUAUUUCAGUCAUCAAGGAGAAUCUGUGACAUUGAGCUGCAGCUACAGAUCAACCAGUGAUUAUAUUUUUCUUUACUGGUACAGACAGCACUCUAAUCAGGGACCACAGUUUAUACUCUAUAAAGGUGCCAGGUCCUAUGAUGGUAAUGAGCACAACCCCGACAAACGGUUCAAAUCAGCUACAUCCAGGGUCUCCACCCAGCUCACCAUUGACAGUCCUACCAUAGCAGAUACAGCCAUCUACUACUGUGCUCUGAGGGUGGCACAAGAGAUUUGGGUACAGAGAGGAGAAACAACAACCAGACAGGCUGUUUACAUCAGCCUUAGUGAACAUAGGUCCAUAUGUUUGUGCCUUUACACCUUAGUUAUGGCAGAAAUUCAGUGGAUAUUUCUAAUCUUUGCUGCAUGCUUAUUUGAAUGCAGAGCUGAAGAUGCAGUGAAUCAGUCAACAGUAGAUGUGAUUGUGUAUGAAGGAGAGUCAGUCAUUUUGAAUUGUACAUAUGUAACAGACAGAGUCCCAUUUCUCUUCUGGUACAUCCAAUACCCCAAUGAUUCUCCCAAGCACCUGCUGAGAGCUGUUGAUACGCCUCCAGAUUUAAAGGAUAAAUUUCAUGCAAUUCUGGACAAAAAUGUAAAAACUGCUCCUUUAACAGUACAGAAUGUGCAGCUGUCAGAUUCUGCAGUUUAUUACUGUGCUCUAUUAGCUCAAGAACACUGCAUAGGGAACUUCAUGGAAUGGGUUUCCAGGGCCGAGCAGCUGCAUCCAACACUUACAUCACGAAGUGCAAUGCAAAGUGUCAGAUGCAGUGAUGUAAAGCACGCCGCCACUGGACUCUAG